UUUCCAUAUGUCAAAUCAAAAUAAGUCAAACAAGAAUUUAGUUUUUUAGGUUUUCGCGAAUAAUAAAUUAUUUAUUUCCAAAUUGUCAUGCAUUUGUGCUUUAAUAUUUUUACUUUACAUUGUAUAUCAUAAAACGUGCUAUUUGAUAAAUUAAAAUGGAAGUUUCUGGUGGUGCAGAGGAAGGUUUCGUGAGAGAAUGGGCCCCUUGUUCACAUAUUUUAAAUUUAAUUCCGCCUAGGAUACAGACUGGGAUAUUUUCCAACGAGUUGUGCCUAACAUGUGUGGACGCGGUGAGCGAGUACAUAGCCCUGGGGACCAAUGUUGGGCUGGUGUAUUGGUACGAUCGGAAGAAAGGGAACAUUCAAAGACUGCGUUGUGAGGCGUCAACAUCUCCCAUAACUUAUGUGAAGAUAGUAAGCACAGUUGAUUACAUGGUGGGUGCAGGCAAUGCAGCCGGCCAGGUCAAUGUAUUCCAAAUACCCAAGGAGCACCCAGAGAAUGUACCUGACACCUUCAAACCUAAGGUUGAACCAAAAGUUGAAAGAUACACGAUAGGAGAUUUACACAAAAGUAAAAUAACAGCGAUAGAGUGGUCCAAGAACGGAAUGAGACUGUUUUCUGGCGACAAAAACGGCGUCAUUAUUAUGACUGAAAUAGACUUCUAUAUGCACCUGUGUAAAUCAAUGGAGAUAGUGAACGAGGAACAUGAGAUAGUGCAGAUGAGUUACUAUCAGAACAGUUUGCUCGUGUCCAGCAUGUACCGGACCAUCGUCUGCGAGCGGCGGGACGGCCGCUGGCACGUCAACCAGCUGGGCAAGAAGGAACGCAAGAGCCUGUGCGCCCUGGGCGCGGUGUUCCAGUACUCGUACGCGCGCGGCGGGCCCGUCGCGGCAUACUGCGCGCGGCCCGGCCUGCGACUGUGGCGCGCCGACACCCAGGGCAACGUACUGCAGACAUUACUCUUCAAGGAAGCCAUAUCGAAUCCGUUGACAGUGGCCGAGUUACUGAACCCCCGGCAACAGAAGCCGUCACCGAACGGUCGCGAGUACAACCUCGGUCCGCUGCACGUGUUUAGGGAACAUUUCCUCGUCUCCCACAAUGACCAGCUCCUCUACAUACUGGACCCUCGCUCGCUCACCGCCGUCGCUGUAGUCGAUGACUUUAGAAAGAUCCUCUCAGUAUCGGUGCACAAGGACGAGGUGUGGGUACUGGAGGGCCCGCGCUCAUUGGUCCGCCUCGCGCAUGCGCCCGAGCCCGCUCUCCGCGCCGCAGAGGAGCCAAUAAACUUGAUGACGAAAUCGCUGACGUCAUCGAUCCAGCAGGCUGUCAAUUCAGUCCGCGACUUCACGCACAUAGAUCAGACUGUGCCCUACAUAUCUAGCGUUUUGGAACAACCUAUAUCCAUGUUCACGAAGAAUGAGAUUAUUGAGACCGGGACCGUAGCCAGUGCUGAGGAGUGUUUUGAACUUCCUCCCAUCAAGCACCUGCCGCAUGACCUCUCAGAGAACGUUCUAGAAUCCAUAGUGAACGAGUUCAGGGAUGUGUCUAGUGAUGCUGAGGAGAUCAGGCGUGUUAAGACGGAGGAGUUGCAAAGAAAGUUGAAGUUGUAUAAUAGUAUUAUGGAGAAGAAGUACGAUGGGGAGUUGAUCCACAGCAGUAGACGCAGUAGACGGAGAGAUGGGGGGUCCGGUGGUAGCACGCCGCGCGUGGCCACACCAGUCAGGAAGCCAGACAACGUCAGCUACAACAGCUCCUGUGUCAUGAAUAUGAGUACUACCGGGGCCAUACCACAACCGAACGACGAACUACUGGAGAAGCAGAUAGAAGAGAAAGAGAAGAUAUUAGCGAAGAUGUUGAACCUGGAAUCUCUCAGUAUAAAUAGCCCAAAGCUAGACACCGAGUCACCGCCGCCACCAGCGCCCACCUUCCGACACAUCGACAUACAACCAACAGAGGUAACACCCCAACACAUCCCCAAACCUACAAAACCACCAAUAAAGGACCCUAGCCCCAUAGACUUAGUGCCUAAAGUCGUUCAGCUACCUAACACGUGGAACUUGGAGAAUAUAGAAUUGAAAUUGGAAACUAAACAAAAUGGCUUCAAAGAUCAUUCGUUACUGUCCCCCGACGACCAUUUAGACAGCGAAUGGGAAAUAAUCUGAUAUAGAAUGAUGUCGAAAUCUGGCCUGUUUUAUACAUUGUAAAAUUUUACGUAGGUAUAAUAAUAGACACCAGAUUUGGUUGUGCAAUCCGAACGGAAUAAUUUUGUUGUGUAAAUUUUCCAAGUUUUCCGCUGGAAUACAUUUGUCAGCGUAAUUGAAAUAGAUAAGCUAUUCGUUAUGUCAGCACUCGCAACUUCAAGUCUCGAUAGUGAGGUGAUUAAAGUUUUCUAUACUAAUAUUAUAAAGAGGCAAAAUUUGAAAGUUUGUAUUUAGGGG